AUGCUGCUCUUUACUCUUGUGUCUCUCUGUAUUAGCCUGGUGAGGGCUGAUCAGAAGAGACCCUCGGACCUCGGCGACACUCUGGGGGAGCAUGUGGCUCUGGGCCAAUUAUCUUUAAACGAAAUGUUUAAGGAGGUGGAAAAGCUGAUGGAGGACACGCAGCAGAAACUGGAAGAAGCCGUGCAUCAGAUGGAGAAUGAGACUUCCAGAUCUCUUUAUGGACACCGUUUGCCUUUUGGCCACCCCAAUCCCAAUGUAACCGGAGUCAUGGACUCAGAGAGUGAGUCACCCUACACAGCAGCCCUCAGUCAGGAGAACCGCUGGAACGAGGUGGACCAUGAGUGUUUGAUUGAUGAAGACUGUGAGGAGGACAGCUUCUGUCUGUACAAUAUCACCAGCUCCAAAUGUGUCUCGUGUAAAUCCACAAACAUGGAGUGUAUGAAGGAUGAGGAGUGCUGUGGAGAACAGCUGUGUGUGUGGGGCGUGUGCAUGCAGAACAAAACCCGUGGAGAUUCAGGGACCAUCUGUCAGUCCCAGAGCGACUGCAGCCCCCUGCACUGCUGCGCCGUACACAAAGCCUUGCUGUAUCCUGUGUGCAGGCCGCGGCCUCUGGAGGGUCAGAGUUGUCACGAGGAGCCGAACGAACUUCUGGAUUUGCUGCUGUGGGACGAUGAGGUUCCUCAUGAACACUGUCCAUGUGCUGCAGGACUACAGUGUCAGCCACUGGGUCAAGACUCCGUGUGCCUGACGAAGAAGAGCUCAGCUAAAGACACGAGCCUGAGAGAUUUACAUUAACUGCAAUAAAGAAGCAAGACAGCGACCGAGCUCUUGCUCACUUAUUCCACGUUAGUUAGUUAAUGCUGUAUGUAUAUAACAUGUACGUUAUGUGUAAAUAACUGCUUCAGUUUGAAAUAUUUUUGAUUGUUCAGUACAUGCUAUACACCGAUCAGGUAUAACAAUGUGAGCAUAACGAUCAUUAUGAUCAGUGAGAGGUGAAUUGAAUAACACUGAUGAUCUCCUCAUCAUGGCACCUGUUAGUGGGUGGGAUAUAUUAGGCAGCAAGUGAACAUUUUGUCCUCAAAGUUGAUGUUAGAAGCAGGAAAAAUGGACAAGCGUAAGGAUUUGAGCGAGUUUGAUGAAGGGCCAAAUUGUGAUGGCUAGACCACUGGAUCAGAGCAUCUCCAAAACUGCAGCAGUCUGCAGUGGUCAGUAUCUAUCAAAAGUGGUCCAAGGAAGGAACAGUGGUGAACCGGUGACAGGGUCAUGGGCGGCCAAGGCACAUUGAGGCACGUGGGAAGCGAAGGCUGGCCCGUGUGAUCCGAUCCAACAGACGAGCUACUGUUGCUCAGAUUGCUGAAGAAAUUAAUGCUGGUUCUGAUAGAAAGGUGUCAGAAUACACAGUGCAGGACGGGUCAGGGCUGUUUUGGCAGCACCAACACAAUAUUAGGCAGGUGGUCAUAAUGUUAUGCCUGAUCGGUGUAUAUACACAGCUGUGUGAAAAGUCGAGGUCUGGGGGGAAAAAAAUAAAGAAAACAGGGCUCUAUUUUAUCUCUAAAAUGAUUUUUGAUUAUUGGGAUAAUGAAGAAAUGUCAUAUUGUAUAAUGUCUUAUAAAUGUUUUAUAUUCCUUUAAUAAAUAAAUAAAUAAAUAAAUAAAUAAAUAAAUAAAUAAAUCUUA